AUGCAGGCACAAUUAUUUACGAGCACUGCUCCCACUUUGGAGGCAAACCUCAGACAUACAAGGGACGCGCCAUCGCCCAAGAAUGCAAACAGUCUAAAGUCCGAUCAGCUCAUCGUCAGAGUCACAGCGGCGGCACUCAACCCAGUGGACUACAAGCUGGCAAGUCUUCCUCUCAUCGGUCGCUUAAUCAUAGGUCGACCGGCUGCGCCAGGCCUAGAUUAUGCUGGCUGGGUUGCUUCCGAACAGCCGCCAAGUCCAUUCAAGCAAGGCGACAAGGUGUUUGGACGGAUCACUCCUCCUCGCAAGGAUGGAACACUUGCUGAGUACAUCGUCGUCAGUCACGACGAAGUAGUGCCGCAGCCAUCGGAAUUGAGCGCCGAGGAUGCGGCGUGCAUUGGCACCGCGGGCUUGACAGCAUAUCAGUCCAUCGCACCUUACGUCAAGAAAGGUGACCGUGUCUUCAUCAAUGGUGGAAGUGGCGGCACUGGAUGCUUCGGCAUACAGAUAGCGAAGUGCCUCGGAUGUCAUGUCACAACAACCUGUUCGACAGCAAACGUGGAGCUCUGCCGAGACCUGGGAGCUGAUGAAGUGAUCGACUACCGAAGCACGAAUGUAACCACAACAUUGAUCGGCAGCGGUCGAAGCUAUCAACAUGUGGUCGACAAUGUUGGCGCCGACCCGAACUUGUGGCGGACUCUGGGCAAAUGGUCCGGUGACAGCGCGAUCUACGUCCAAGUAGGAGCAGAGAUCAGCUUCGUUACACUAGGUGAUAUAGUCAGAAAAAUGUUGCAGCCCAGCUGGCUAGGAGGAACCAAUCGAAAGUUCUCAAUGGCUUCGGUGACCUCGAAUGCGGAACACCUCAGCCAGAUCGGGCAAUGGGUAGCCGAAGGAAAGAUCAAGGUCAUCAAGGAUACAGUUCUGCCUUUCAAAAACGCGAGUGAAGGCUUCACGCGGCUACGCACCGGACGGACGAGGGGCAAGAUCGUCAUCCGAGGUCCUGAGUGA